GCCGCUAGUUAUGCCGCCAGUUAUAACUGUCGCCGCUAGUUAUGCCGCCAGUUAUAACUGUCGGCGCUAGUUAUGCCGCCAUUUAAACGCCUUCCACGUGAUUUUGUGUUUGGGCGCAUGCGCGAGUGCUGGUAAACACUAAAGGGAAACGUGGGGGGCCUUUUGAUUCAAGUAAAGCUUCAAGUAAAGAGGUGAUUCUUUGGAGAUCCUUGGAAUGGUUAUCAGUAAAUCAACCAAGUGCUUGAUCAGACAGUACUUUUUAGAUGGAUUAUCUUAUGAAGAAAUCAGAACGUUUUUAUUUACAAAACAUGAUGUGCACAUUGGGAUCAGACAACUCAACCGCGUAUUAAGAAGUAUGAAUUUGUUUAGGCGAUACAAACCAUCCACUACAAAUUCGGUAUUGAUUGCUAUCAAAAGAGAAAUUUCUGGCUCAGGGGAAGGAUUUGGGUAUCGUUUAAUGACACAGAAACUCCGAUCUGAUAGCUUCAACGUAGAUCGAGAAACCGUGCGCAUGGCUAUGAAGGCUAUGGAUCCAUCCGGUGUUGAGGAAAGAAGUAAGCAUCGUUUUAAAAGACGGAAAUAUUUUUCCCGUGGUCCUAACUUUGUUUGGCACAUGGAUGGUUAUGACAAGUUAAAGCCAUUCGGAUUUGCAAUCCAUGGUGCAAUUGAUGGCUGGAGUCGAAAAAUACUAUGGCUAAAUGUCGGCGCAAGUAAUAAUAAUCCUAAAAUAAUUGCUGCCUAUUUCCUAAAGUGUGUCACGCGCCUGCAAUCAACUUCUCGUUGCAUUCGAGCUGAUCGCGGGUCAGAGAAUGUAGUUGUCGGUGGGAUACAAAGAUUCUUUCGAAGAGAUGGCGAAGAUGAUUCUUCGGGUGAAAAAAGCUUUCGAUAUGGUCCUUCCACUAGAAAUCAGCGCAUAGAAUCUUGGUGGUGCCAAUUCAGGAAAAACCGCUGUAACUAUUGGAUAAAUUACUUUAAAGAUUUGUGUGACGAAGGUACGCUAGACACGAGCAUUGAUUACCACCUAGAUUGCCUGCGUUUUUCAUAUCUCACGUUAUUGCAAACUGACUUAGAUCAGACUGUUUCGUUAUGGAAUAACCAUCGCAUACGCAAAGUUAGGAAUUCGGAAAGUCCUGCCGGCCGUCCUAAUGUGCUGUAUCAUUUGCCUGAAAGGGAUGGUGGAGAGGACUAUAAAUGUUCAGUAAAUUCUAACGACCUUGCAGUGGCCGAAAUACAUAUUCAGCAGCCAUUAUUGUUUGGGUGUUCUGAGGUAAUGUCCGAACUACUUGCAAUAAUAAUGAAUGAAAAACAGAUGACCUUGCCCAAUUCAACGGAAAAAGCAAAAGAACUGUUUAAAGUACUUACAGAAGAAAUGUAUAAUUUAUUGUAAAACAUAAAACGAAGUUUCUGUAAUUAGUAAGAAGAUAUAUAUAUAUAUAUAUACACACAAAGGUAUAACGUUCCCUUAAAUACGAUAAAAAUGUAAUAAAAACCAAACGUAUAUAUGUAAAACACUUAAAAUGACUGAAGAAACUCAAGAAAAUGUGAUGCUAGACCUUUAAAAGCUACUUUUUCUAGCUGAUAACAUUAAACAAAGCAUAAGAAUAUUGAAUUUUCUUGUUUGAUAAAAUGUGUACAAGAUAUUGUACGGAUUAUUUAUUCUUUUAAUGAAAAC